UCCACUGUGGGUGGCAAUAGCCAAGCCUACACUGGCCCACUAGGCCUUGACCUCGGCUGAUAUGCGGCUUCUUGGCUUUAGUGCUUGGCCGCCGCCUAGGGGCAGUUCCCCUGACAGGCCUCCGUGCAGCCGCACGGCCACUCUCUUUCGGACUACAACUCCCAGCGACCCUAGCGCGACCUGCUUGCGACCUUCGCGUGCGCCUCGGCGCGGGACCCGCUGGGUAUUGUAGUUCGUAGGGCUCCUCACGGCGGGACCUUCUAAGCAACCCUGCACAAGACGUCAGAGACUUUUUGAACUGCGCGCGCCCCCUCGACUUUUGAGACUUGAUGGAGAGUGGAAGUUUUUCAGAAUAGAAACUAGAGGACUUUAGGGUUCAGUCCUCUGUUGCGGACUCCUCUGGUCUCCAGUGUCCCACGGAAUCAGCUCUGGCCAUGUCCCUCCAGGACCCUGCACUUUCACUCCAGUUACUGUUCUUCCCUGCCAGGCCAGAUCUCCAAGUGAAGGGGGGGGGGGGGGCGGGGCUUACCUGCCACAAAGUCUAGGGUGCCUGGGACUGCCCUAGGCUCGGUCCCAGGAUCCAAGCCCCGCCCCCUACCUUAUUCCCAGCCGGGGCUCCCCCCGUGGGAACGGGGACCAGCUGGCCGGAAGCGCCAAACUGCGUCCCUGUCCGAGCCCUGGGGAUCAAUCAGGCCGAGGAGUUAAUUAUGUAAUGAGGGGGCAGGGGGUCGGGGCUAAUGAAGCCGCCCAGGAGGGAAGGAGAGAGGGGAGGGUACCCAGGUAUCCGGCCCCCUCUUGGACCCCUUCGAGGCCCCAGGGGUCUUCACUCCAGCCCACCUCCAGGGCCCCAAAGAGGGGAGGGGCUGUGAUCUCGGGUCUGGAAGGGGCUGAGCUGUGAGCUAUAAAGGGGCAUCACUCCGCACCCGGGGACUCUAGCAACGUGACUUGAGGCCAGAAGGAACCACAGCAUGUACCAUCCAAGAGAGUUGUAUCCCUCUCUGGGGACUGGCUACCGUCUGGGGCACCCCCAGUCGGGGGCGGACCCCAGUUUCCCGCCUGCCUUGGCAGAGGGCUACCGCUACCCUGAUCUGGACACCCCCAAACUGGAUUGUUUCCUGUCUGGGAUUGAGGCUGCUCCUCGCACCCUGACUGCGCCCCCACCUCUGCCCCUUCUGCCCCCAACCCUGGGCACUGAGCCAGCCCCGCCGGCUGCAGAGGCCCUUCACUCGCUCCCUGGGGUCAGCCUGAGCCUGGAGAACCAGGGGCUGUGGAAGGAGUUCAGCGCUGUGGGCACAGAGAUGAUCAUCACGAAGGCCGGCAGGCGUAUGUUCCCUGCUUGCCGAGUGUCGGUCACCGGACUGGACCCGGAGGCCCGAUACCUGUUCCUUCUGGAUGUGGUUCCAGUGGAUGGAGCUCGCUACCGCUGGCAGGGCCGGCGCUGGGAGCCCAGCGGCAAGGCAGAGCCUCGGCUGCCUGACCGCGUCUACAUUCACCCUGAUUCUCCCGCCACGGGUGCCCACUGGAUGCGGCAGCCGGUGUCCUUCCACCGCGUCAAGCUCACCAACAGCACGCUGGAUCCCCAUGGCCACCUGAUCUUGCACUCAAUGCACAAGUACCAGCCCCGCAUCCAUCUGGUGCGGGCUGCCCAGCUCUGCAGCCAGCACUGGGGGGGCGUGGCCUCCUUCCGCUUCCCUGAGACCACCUUCAUCUCAGUGACUGCCUACCAGAACCCAAGGAUCACACAACUGAAGAUUGCAGCCAAUCCCUUUGCCAAAGGCUUCCGGGAGAAUGGCAGAAACUGCAAGAGGGAGCGAGAUGCCCGUGUGAAAAGGAAACUUCGGGGCCCAGAGCUAGUAGCCACAGAGGCCUAUGGGAGUGGAGAUACACCAGGGGGUCCCUGUGACUCCACACUGGGUGGGGACAUUCGUGAGUCAGAACCAGAGCAGGACCCAGUCCCCCGGGAAGCUGCCCCUGCCCCAGCUCCUCCCCGUGGAGGACCCAGUGCCGAAGCCUAUGUCCGGCACCCUGCAGCUUUCCAUGGUGCCCCUGGCCACCUACCAACCAGAAACCCUGGCUUCCCUGAAGCUCCGGACUCUGGGCGUUCAGCUUCCUACUCAGCCUCAUUCCUAGAGCUGCAGCCUGGACCAGGGGGCUCAGGAUACCCAGGAGCUCCACCCACCUCAUCCUUUGCCCCGCACUUCCUCCAAGGGGGCCCCUUUCCCCUCCCAUACCCAGGGCCUGGGGGGUUCCUAGAUGUGGGCUCCAAACCAAUGUACUGACCCAUGGAAGGGCCCUGUGCCACCUUCCCUGACCAAGCUCCCUUCCCCCAGCCAGGAUUCCCUCAGCCCCCUCCCCCAUGCCAAAUGGCUGCCUUGGGCCUGCCCCCUCCCCA